AUGAACAAAAAAGCUGAAACUAUGUACGAAAAUGGAGUGAGAUCAUUGAGUGCAUUAUCAGAAACUCAAUAUGAAAGUGCAAAUAAUAACAGUGAAACAAGUCUUAGCACUCCGUUUGAUUUAACAAAAAGAUUAAGAUUUUGGGCAUUGCAACAUCGGAUUACGCAAGCAGCAAUCAAUGACCUACUAUCGAUUUUAAUUCUUGCAGGAUUUACUUUUCUACCACAAGAUAGUAGAACAUUGAUGCAAACACCUAAUAUAGUUAAGAUUUAUGCACUGAGUGCAGGAAAGAUGUGGUACCACGGAAUUCGUAAAAGUCUGCAAAGUAUAUUCUCAAAUCUUAAUUGUGAACUUACAUUACGUAUAGAUUUCAAUUUUGAUGGCAUGCCACUCUUCAAAUCAUCAAAGGUCCAAUUUUGGCCAAUUUUGGCAUCAAUUCGAGAAUUUCCGAAAGUAUUGCCUAUGAUCGUUGGAAUUUGGUGCGGAGAAGGAAAGCCACCAUUGAACGAAUAUAUAAGACCACUCAUAUCCGAACUAGAAGAUUUACUUGAAAAUGGAACGAUGAUCAAUGGAAACCAUAUCAAAUGUCAUUUCGGUUUAUGCAUAUGUGAUACACCAGCCAGAUCGUUCAUAAAAGGUGUUGUCAAUUUUAACCACGAGUAUGGCUGUCAAAAAUGUAUGGCAGGAGGCGAAUAUUACCUACAAUCACAUCGAAUGAGCUUCCCAAAAUGUGACGGUAUACGACGUACCGAUGAAAUGUUUAGAAACCGCAUUCAACCACAACACCACAAAGAUAAGUCUUUAAUGGAGAAAUUAAAUAUCGACAUGGUGUCGCAAUUUCCAACAUCCGAUCCUCUACAUCUACUAGAAUUAGGAGUAAUGAAAAAAUUAUUAGUUUGUUGGGUAUAUGGUGCGAAAGGUUAUCGUUGCAAAUGGAGUAAACAGAAAACAAAUGACGUUUCAAAACUUCUUGAAAAAUUCAACAAGCAGAUGCCGAAUGAUAUUCAUAGAGCAAUACGAAAACUUGAUUCAUUGAAGUAUUGGAAAGGCGUUGAAUUUCGAACAGUUUUACUCUAUGUCGGAAUGGUUGCUUUUAAGGAAGCCUUAAGUAUCGAAGAAUAUGACCCGGUUGAAUAUUUCCAAUUUGAUUCAAAUGAGUACAUACAAGUACGAAAACUGUCUACGCAUGAUGGGCCUUCGUUUGAAACAUUGUAA